AUGAAUGCCCGAGAUGAUACUCAAAAGCCACAUUUCGUCUUGGUUCCGUUCAUGGCGCAAGGCCACACCAUUCCCAUGAUUGACAUGGCUCAUCUCCUUGCAAAACAUGGUGCCAUGGUCAGCUUCAUCACCACCCCUGCCAAUGCCUCUCGGAUAGAAUCCACCAUUGACAGGGCAAGAGAGCUGAACCUUCCAAUCCACUUUGUAGCCCUCAAGCUCCGCUGUGUUGAGGUAGGACUACCCGAAGGCUGCGAGAAUGUUGACAAAGUCCUAGGGAAAGAGCAGGUCAAGAUGCUUACAGACGCCUACAGCAUGUUACACAAGCCCCUCGUGUCAUAUCUCCAUGCCCAGAGCAACCCUCCUUCCUGCAUAAUAUCAGACCUGUGCCAGCCAUGGACAGGGGAUGUUGCAAGGGAGCUUGGCAUCCCCAGGUUGAUGUUUAAUGGCUUCUGUGCCUUCUCCUCCCUCUGCAGGUACAUCAUCCAUCAGGAGAAGAUUUUUGAGAAUAUAUCUGAUGACAAUAGGCUAAUUGUGCUCCCUGGGUUUCCUCAUUGCCUUGAGGUAUCAAAGGCAAGAUCUCCUGGGAACUUUAACUCGCCAGGGUUUGAGCAAUUCCGUGCGAAAAUCCUAGAGGAGGAACGGAGAGCUGACGGUGUGGUCACAAAUAGCUUCGAUGAGCUUGAACCAUUGUACCAUGAGGCCUACCAGAUGAAAAUAGGCAAGAAAAUUUGGUCCCUUGGGCCGAUGUUCCUCUGCAAUACUGACAUGGAUGCAAUGGAAUCCAGGGGUGAUAAGACAUCAGUCGAUGGGAAGCAUUGUUUGCAAUGGCUUGACUCCAUGAAACCAGGGUCGGUUCUUUAUGUCAGUUUUGGAAGCAUGGCUCAUACUGUGUUUUCACAGAUCGAAGAGAUCGCAUUGGGCUUAGAGGCUUCAAGGAGGCCCUUUCUUUGGGUGAUAAAAUCUGAUAAUAAAGCUUCAGGUAUUGAGAAAUUACUGGAUGAGUUUGAAGAGAGAAUAAGAGACAGAGGUCUCAUAAUACGAGGUUGGGCACCACAGGCUAUGAUCCUCUCGCAUCCAUCUUUGGGGGGUUUCAUGACACACUGCGGGUGGAACUCAACUAUAGAAGGAAUUUCAUGUGGGAUGCCCAUGAUUACAUGGCCGCAUUGUGCAGAGCAAUUCUUGAAUGAGAAACUGAUAGUAGAUAUUCUGAAAGUAGGAGUGCCUGUUGGUGUGCAGAACAUCACAGCUAGGACAAUGCAGGCCCAUGAAGUUUCUAUAGUGAAGAGGUGCCAGAUAGAGCAAGCCGUUCUAAAACUGAUGGGUAAAGAUACAGAUGCAGAAGAGAGAAGAAUGAGAGCUAGGGAACUAAAGAAAAAGGCUAGACAGGCUACAGAUCGAGGGUCAAGUUACAGUAAUGUAAGGCACCUGAUUGAAUAUGCAAUGACCAGGGAGAUAAAACCAGAAGUUCAGUGA